AUGGAUAUAACACAAAAACCAGAUACAUUCUCUGCUAAUACGGAAGAGUUAAAGACUAUGCUAGGUAGUAAAUCCACAGAAAAUUUGAAUUCCAAAGAUAAACAUAACCCGAAUAAAAUAAGUAAUAGGCGUUCUCUUACUAUAGGAAUAGCUACUUCUGAAAUACAACUAAACAACUAUAAAUGCAAAAAAAUUCCUUGCACUGAAGAAGACUGUGAGAGAUGCGAAUGGGCUGAAAUAAACCAUAUAUAUGCUAGUGCUUUAACAAACUACUGUGGCAGUACAACAAACUCCACAAUUAGUGAUUCUCAUGCACAAGAGGACCAAGAAAGUAAUAUAGUAGAUGUUCCUACUUCAACUAAUUUUAGAGUAAAACACAGAUUGUCUUCAUAUAUAUAUAUAUGCCUGCUUGGCUCCCUGUUAAUUAUAAUAAUAAUUAUAAUUGUAAUUUCUUGUACGGCUAAACCAAGUUUUGUAUUACAUUUAUGAGAUUAUUACGUGUAUUGCAUAGUAUACGGAUAUUAAAACCACCAUAUAAUAUAGAAUAAUAAAUAGAUAUUGUGGUGACGCCGUCACUCAGAUAUAAGAUUCAAGGGCGAUCCGCCAGCACAUCGACUCGUGCGGCGAUCCCGCCAAAGCAAAUGGUCAGAAUCUAUGAGUCCGUAUAUCAACUUCUGACUGUUUUUAACCAGACCACCUUCCUCAAAUUUAGAUGGAAACUCUGAGAAGUAUUGACAGCUAAGUUCAGCACUAGGUCUAACACCCUCGUGCCCAUAAUACUCCGAGCCCAUGCAGGCUUAAGCCGCUUCCUAGAAACAAUAAAGAGUUCUUCCCAUUCACCCACUUCUCUAUCUGGGCUGCGUGGUAAGAUAAUGGUAUUGCUCUUUGUGAGUACGUCAGACAUAAUUUAUAAAAAAAGUCUUCUAUUAUUAAUAAAUGUGUACA